UGCCGAAAUCCAUAAAUCUCUCUCUCUCUCUCUCUCUCUCUCUUCCUAUUUAAUCGUCACUUCACCGCCGGUGAGAAACUCGAGAGGGUUAUUUGAACCAUCGUCGGAGGUUACUGACGGUAAAACUCCAUCGAAUCGAGGUAGUUAGCUUACAGGUGGAGCAGUGACAGCUAAGUGAGAAAGGCGGCGGAAAAUUAAAAUUAUUAAAAAAGCAAAUAGAAGUCGAGAGAGCGCACACAAAAAAAAAAGUAAAAAAGUAGAAGUAGUUGUUGUCGAUGAUGAUGACGAAGAUGUUGGUGGAAGAGAUUCGUAUAGGGUUUUCUAAUAAGCGGUGUUCGCUGUUUACGAACUCUUUAUUGGAGUAAGUUAAAGCGCCAGAGAGAGUUUUUUUUUGUUUUUUUUGGGUGGUGGUGGUGGUGGUUGUGAUGGGGAGAGUGGCGGUUGCGUUUGCCGCUGUUGCGGUUGUGGCGGCUUGUUCUGUUGCGGCGAUGAUGGUUGGAAGGAGACUGAAGAGUAGGAAGAAAUGGAGGACUGUUGUUGAGAUUUUGAAAGAGUUGGAGGAUGAUUGUGAUACUCCCGUUGGGAGGCUGAGACAAGUUGUGGAUGCUAUGGCUGUGGAGAUGCACGCUGGUUUGGCUUCUGAAGGAGGCUCUAAGCUUAAAAUGCUCCUCACCUUCGUCGAUGAUUUGCCCACUGGGAGGGAGAAAGGAACUUAUUAUGCACUUCACCUUGGUGGCACCUAUUUUAGGAUUUUAAGAGUUCAUCUGGGUGCCCAAAGGUCCUAUCUAGAUGUUCAAGAUGUUGAACGACAUCCAAUACCUUCGCAUCUGAUGAAUAGCACCAGCGAGGUUCUUUUCAACUUUCUCGCGUUUUCCUUGGAGAGGUUUAUCGAAAAGGAAGAAAAUGGGUCAGAUUCACAAAGUGUUACAAGGGAACUUGCAUUCACGUUUUCAUUCCCUGUCAAGCAUACUUCUAUUUCUUCAGGAGUUCUAAUCAAAUGGACCAAAGGUUUUGAGAUUAGUGAAAUGGUUGGGAAAGACAUAGCUGAAUGUCUACAAGGAGCACUCAACAGAAGAGGCCUAAAUAUGCAUGUUGCUGCUCUUGUGAAUGAUACUGUUGGAGCCCUGUCACUUGGAUAUUAUCAUGAUCCAGACACGGUUGUAGCAGUUGUAUUUGGAACAGGUAGUAAUGCAUGUUACUUGGAACGAACUGAUGCCAUAAUCAAGUGUCAGGGUCUGCUUACAACUUCUGGAAGCAUGGUAGUCAAUAUGGAGUGGGGAAAUUUUUGGUCCUCUCAUCUGCCUAGAACUUCAUAUGACAUUGACUUGGAUGCUGAGAGUUCAAAUUCAAAUGAUAUGGGAUUUGAGAAGAUGAUAUCAGGGAUGUAUCUGGGUGACAUUGUUCGUAGAGUAAUUCUACGCAUGUCACAAGAGUCUGAUGUCUUUGGACCCACCUCGUCCGUAUUAUCUGAGCCUUACGUUCUAAGUACAAAUUCAGUCUCAGCUAUGCAUGAAGAUGACACACCUGAGCUGCAAGAAGUAGCAAGAAUCUUGAAAGACUUGGGGGGAUCAGAUGUCCCGUUGAAGGUGAGAAAACUAGUGGUGAAAAUAUGCGAUGUGGUUACACGAAGAGCAGGGAGGCUAGCUGCAGCAGGGAUCGCAGGAAUCUUGAAGAAGAUAGGGCGAGAUGGGAGUGGAGGAAUCACGAGCGGGAGAAGCAGAAGCGAAAUCCAAAUGCAGAAAAGAACAGUAGUCGCAGUAGAAGGAGGUUUGUACAUGAACUACACCAUGUUUAGGGAAUACAUGGAAGAAGCUCUGGUGGAGAUAUUAGGAGAAGAGGUGAGUCAAUACGUAGUAGUGAAAGCCAUGGAAGAUGGUUCUAGCAUUGGCUCUGCCCUCCUCGUUGCCUCGUUACAGUCAUGAAUCAAUCAUUCAUAGGCUGCGUUCGUAUUUAUGGUUUAUAUAAAUUGGUUAUGUUCGUCCGUGUGUGUGUAUAUAAAUUAUUCAAUAUUCGUUUGUUGUUAAUUAUUAUUAUUAUUAUUGUUAUUAUUCAUAUAUAGCUUUUGUGUAAAUAAUGUUUAGGAAGGUUUUAUAUUAUUUUUUUUUUGGUUUCUUCUAAUGUGUAUUAGAAAAGGGAUAGGUAUUGGGUGUUUUUUAAGAAAUGAUUUACAAUAUGUAAAGGUAAUGAUGAUGAUAAACGAAAUGUCAAA